ACCAAUAUAUAGUUUUGACUUUUGACAAAAGUACAGAGUCUAAAAAAUGACAAAGGGGUCACCUUCAGCAUUAGCAGCGACACUCGUCUUCAUGGUAAUCGGCGUCCUUGUGUUCGUGAAGCCGAUAGCGUCGUUGUGUUACAAAUACGAUCACUACGGGCCACCGUUUCCGCUGUCUCGCCAGGAGCUGCAAUGGUGGUACAAUCAGAAGCUGGCUCGGUUUGCGGUGACGAAGCACAACGAGGUGCUCCCGGGUUCUCAACAGUUGAAGCUGGUAAGCGUGGACGAGGGUACUUAUUACCAUGCAUCGCCCACUAUAGAAAUUAAAAGUUUCAAUAUUACUGCAUCCAACAGCGUCGGUCGAGCCAAGUACAGGGCCUUUGUCAGCGAUAGCAUGAACUAUGAUGAACUUGGCCUUGAAUGCUUUGAGAAAAUUUAGUUAAAGAUGGAUAUUACUUGAAAGCUUUUUGUAAUGUAAUAAGGUUGAUGUUCCAUU